AUGGUGAGAGAGCACAGCGUCGAGUCAUUCUAUGCUCGAUUGCGCAAAUCAGCUUUGGCAUCAGCUUCUUCCACUCCUUUGCUCAUAUUUCCUUCCACAUCCGAUGCUGAUUCACUCUGUGCUUUGAAAAUUAUAGGCCAUGUUCUUGAAUCUGAUUCGGUUAGGUAUGCUUGUUACCCAGUUUCUACCUUUAAGGAAAUUCACAAGUAUGCAGGGCCUAGUUUGUGUUCUUCCUCUGAUGAGCCCAUUACAAUUCUUUUGGUAAAUUGGGGGUGUCAUAGGGAUCUUAGGAAGAUCCUAGAAAUAGGCCCUUCGGCAUUAGUUUUUGUGGUGGAUAGUCACCGGCCAAUUCAUUUGCAUAAUCUCAGUGAUCAGAAUGAUCGUGUGGUAGUGCUUUAUACUAGGGAUGAUGAGCAUCAGGCGGAUUUGUCAUAUGACUUUGAUGUGUCAGCCUUGGCAAGUGCGAGCGAUUUGAACAGUGACGAUGAGGUAGAAGAUAAUUCAGAUAGUGAAGAUGAGAAUGAGAGUGAAAGUGAGGAUGAAGAUGGAGAUGGGACUCGGAAGAGGAGGAGGUUGUCGGAUGAGAAUGAGACUGACCCGGUUAAGCUUUUUAGGAAACUGAAGAAAGAAUAUUACUACAUGGGUACUUUCCAUGGUAAGCCAUCUGGAUGUUUGAUGUAUGAAUUAUCCCAUUCCCUGAGGAAGAACACAAACGAAUUGCUUUGGUUUGCUUGUCUGGCUUUGACUGAUCAAUUUGUUCACGAGAGAUUAACAAAUGAGAGAUACCAAGCUGGGGUGAUGGAGCUUGAGCAGCAUAUUAAUAGCUCAGGGAAUUUGGAUGCUGUUACUUUGGUGACUCUAAAAGAUGGAACAAAGGUGUCUGCACCCGAUUGUUCAAGAAUUGCAUAUGAAGAUGAGCCAAGAUUAAUGUUGCUACAAGAAUGGAAUUUGUUUGAUUCGAUGCUUUGCUCAUCCUACAUUGCAACUAAAUUGAAGACUUGGAGUGACAAUGGGAUAAAAAGAAUGCAGCUAAUUUUAGCUCGAAUGGGAUUUGCUCGUGAGGAGUGCAGACAGAAGUUUCAAUUCAUGAGUAUUGACAUCAAGCGGAGAAUGAAGGAUAUGUUUGAAAAGUUUUUACCAGAGUAUGGGCUUACAGAGUUCUACUACAGAGGCUUCUUGCUGCUUCAUGGGUAUAGUUCAAAAGUUUCUGCAGCAGAUGUGGUGUAUGGAGUUACUGCACUGUUGGAGUCAUCUGUUGAGUCAGAUGGCUCCUGUGCUUCCAAGCAGUUUGGGGUGGCCUAUGAUGCAUUGUCCCUGAGCAAGCUCGAGAAGCUGGAAAUUGGAAUGCAACAAGCUAUCAAGGUACAAAGGGCGAUUCUUAGACAAGGAAGUGCAGCAAUAACCAAGAAGGGAUCUAUCAGAAGUGGGAGUAAAUUCAGGUGGGUAAAGCUUGAUGAUUCAGCAGACACAAAGUUGUUGGGAUACCCUCAGGCUUUAACUAAAUUUGGCUAUUUUCUAUUGGAUGCUUUGCGGGAAAAGGGAGCAAAAAUGAAGCCUUUGAUCUGUGUUUGCUACACUCAAGAGCGCCACCAGGUGUUGAUUGUCGGAGUUUGUGGGAAGCCACGGCUUGGAGCAGUUCAAGGAAAUGCAUUUGGGAUUGCUUUCAGAAAUGCAGCUGAGGAGACUGGAGCUGAGUUCUUUCAUGAGCUAUUUGAAUCCUCAUGGAUAGUUCUUGAUGCAGUUGCUGUUAAUUCAUUCAUGAUCAGGUUAACAGAGAAGCUGUGGUGAAGCUCUUUAUCUAAGCUUACUUCAAUCAAUCUUUCUCUUCAAUUUAGACAUCUGUUCCUAAGAGAUGAAAUCUGUUGGUUAUGCCAAGCAACCAUAUUUGCUCACUCCUAACCUCUGUAGAAUGACUUAUUGAUGAGAACUCUUGAUUAAUUCAUACUGAGAAAUUUGAUCUGAUCAUGAUCAUCACUUGGAAACAUUGGUUUAAUAGAAACUGGAUCAUCAGGUUGCAGGAACGAAUCAGAGACCCCUUGAGUAUUGUUACCACCUGAAAGUCUUACCUGCAAGGAGUUCCCGAUAGACUAGCUAGGCAGGCAAGUGUCAUUCAGAAUUGUAUUUGUGGGACGGAAGAAAUUCCUGUAGUUGUGCUUUCUUCUAUUGACAAGG